GAUACAUAUCUGACUUUCGUACUCUAGAACAAUUGUAUCUGUUUCUCCUACUAGAAGUCGCACUAUGACUUAAUAAUUAGUGAAGAGACGGUUCGAGAACAAUACCUUCCAUAACACCACAUACGCGAUUCAUCCACUCUAACUUGGUGGAUAUAUUCAGCGUGAGGAGUGUAUGGGGUAGUUGACGCAGUAUGUCUCAUUCAUAAAUCAGAAGUCAAGAGAUACAAUUGUUCUAGAGUAUGAAAGCCAGAUAUUACCUUUUAUGUUGAUUAUAGUUUGAAGUACCACGAGUUCAGUGAUAAGUCAAGUCGCACUAUCACACCCUAUAAAUGAAGGCAUUCUCCGUAUAUACUCUUUUCGGGACCCAGUCAACCCUCACUGCUGUCUGCACACAUUUACAUUUUUGCGACGCACAUUUCACCGCUUCCUUCUAGUUUCAGUUUUUUCAGUAUCUGCAACUACUCUGCGUCUCGAGGAUCUUGUGUUUACUUCCUUCUCCUUGUUUGGACACAAUGUCCGUUAGUUCCUCAUACCAUGGCCUUACUGCCCACGGAGGAGGGGUGUAGAUUGAGACUGGGGGAGAAUCUUCCAUCAGGUCAUUUUUUUGUGCUUCGGUCACAGUCCCCAGCCGGCCUCUCUGGAUAAUAUAUAUAUAUAGAUUAAAUAAGCUGGAUAAUAUAUAUAGAAUAAAUAAACUGGAUAAUAUAUAUAGAUUAAAACUCCUCAAAUGAUGUCACCAGAAGAUCAGAAAUUGGCAGCCAGGUGAAACAAAAAAGAUGGUACUCUGUCCAGAUGCAUUUUUUCAAAAAGAGACAUUAGCCAAAUUAGCCAAGCCAAAGAGUGUUAACCUAUCAGUCAAUCUGCAAAUACGUGGCUCAAAAGUACCAGAUAUAGGUCAUCAAAACUCAAAUGUUAUCGAAAAACUAAAGCGCUGAUUUAAAAAUCAACAAUUAAAAUCCCCUAAAAAAUAAUUAAAUAUGUAUACAUUUACAGGAACUCUGUGCUUAGGCUGCAGCCUGGUCUCAGAGCAUUUGAUAUUCUUCUGAAUGUAGAUCUGCAAUACUCAAUUUAAUAUGAUACUGUAUGGUACGUUUCAUAUGGUAUAUAUUAAUUUUGAAUAUCCAUCACCCAUUUCAUAUAUGUUACAAAUUACAAUUGAUAUUAUGUUAUGAAUUUGCUAAAUACACAAUAUGUUCUGAAUUUUCAAAACGUUUGAUAUGUUACGAAUUCAAGCUAGGCUAGGGGUUAGUGUAAGGUUAGUGUUAAGUUUAGGAGUUAUGAUAAAGGGUUAAGGUUAAGGUCAUGGGAAGAGUUAGCUAAAAGGUUUAAGGUUAGGGGAAGGGUUAGCUAAUGUAACCGAUGUGAAAUGGCUAGCUAGUUAGCGGUGGUGCGCGCUAAUAGCGUUUCAAUCGGGUGACGUCACUCGCUCUGAGACCUGAAGUAGUUGUUCCCCUUGCUCUGCAAGGGCUGCGGCUUUUGUGGCGCGAUGGUUAACAAUGCUUCGAGGGUGGCUGUUGUCUAUGUGUGCAGAGGGUUCCUGGUGCAAGCCCAGGUAGGGGCGAGGAGAGGGACGGAAGCUAUACUGUUACACUAACAUGUAAGUAGUUGCGAAGUAGCAAAAAAGUAGUAAGUUGUUAAUUAGCUAAAAUGCUAAAGUUGUCCAUGAUGACAUUCAAACUCGCACACUUUGAGUUGCUAGACGUUACCAUUACGCCCACCCAUCCACCCCGACCAACCACUAAUUUCGUUUUGCCUUAAAAAACAAUCUGUCUUAUGUAACCAUACCAAACAUAACAUAUGAUAAUACUUUUAGUGUCCCGGAUUUACGUUUACUAUGUUGAAUCUAGUCUAUGAGACCAGGCUGAGGCUGCUACCAGGGUGCCAUGACAACUAUAGAACUCAUGUGCUUUUACAUCGGCCUGAAAUAUAGAAAUACAUGGAACCUUGAAUCAUGAUUAUUUAAUCUUCUGAUUUAAUCAAGCCUAAUGUAUUCCUGUUCUAUUUUGGAAAUAAGUUUAGGUGACAGGCUGUUGGGACUAUGGGCUAUAGGUAACAAACUCUGCUCGAAUGACGGCUAUAUUAUGACGCACCUUAGAACUUGUAAAUGUGCGCCAGAAGAGUACUCUGUCCUAGACCUAUCCAAAAGGCCCGAGCAUGCGCCUCAAGCUGCGGAACCUUCUACAGUUCAUGUGGAACAGGAGAUCUAACAGCGGGCCCCAAUGUGUGCCAUACAUCCGCGACAUCAGACAGCUGCAGAGCGAGGGCUUCUACCGAGUUUAUCUCGGUGAAACCGAGUUUCCAGAGGGUCUGAUCACCGGUGACAUCUCCGCGGCAACGGACGCCUCCAGCAGCAUACACAGCUGGAGCGUCAUCCACGCGGGAGGUCAGAGAGGAUGGGUUCCAUGGAAUUACAAACUACUGUUCCACUGUAGCGGUGUCUCCUCACUGCAGCCUUCAGGGGAAAUAUUUGAAGAGUUGUGUGGCAGUUUAAGGGAGAACUACGGGAAAUGUGCGAUAGUGGUGAACAAUCAUAGCUGGAGGUCAUCAAGGAAAGGUGACGAUUGUAAAUCUGUUUUCGCGGGGUACGUUCACCACCUGCCCGAGGCCCCGGUGAAUCUCAUACCUAUGAGCUGCUGCCCGACGUUGGCGCGCGCGUACGGGCACGAGCUUAUCCAAAUCCCGUUUCAGUGCGCGCACCUGUGCCCUCUGAACAGCGCUUGGUCCACGGUGAAGUUUGCGACCAACGACCGUGGGAAGUAUUCGGAGGCCAUUUACGACCGUGACACUCUACAUAAAUACGUCUAUUGGAAUGAGCUGAUGGAGGGAGCUCUGAAGAAGAUGACCAAGAGGAAAUGGGAGGAAGCAUUGUCUCGAGUUAGGAAGAAUGAGAAUCAUUACCUAAAUGACAAGCAGUGACAACGGGUUCAUUCAGACUAUAUAAAAGAGAUGCACAUGACAUUGGCUAAGGGACUUUUUUUGUUUGUUGGUAAAAGUAUAGUUUCCAUGUAUUGUGAGGUUAGUGCUAUGGUCUCUGCCAAAAGGUCUGAACCUUUAUGGCACAGGAUAGUGUGCUCAUCCCAUACUGCAAUGUUAUUGAUUCAAGCAUGGUUCCUGCUCCUCCU